GAAAAAAAACGUUAAGAUUGAAAUUGUUUUAAGAGCGCCUUAGCGAGUAUGGAAGGAUAUAUGUUGAGAAUCGUCGUGAAUAAAUGUAAGGACGCAUAUCUAGUUUUCCUGAUAUGAAAGGCGGAACUCUUAACAAUUCUCAACAUAUCCGUGUGGAUAAGAAGUUCGCAACUCCGUUUGGAGAAACAGAAUACAACUUAGUGUGUGAAGAAACAACGCUAAUGUGAAGAAGAUUCAAGAUCGAAUGCAUAUGUGAACAUAAUAGUAAGAAACAAAAUGACGUCUCACGGAUCAAGAGACUUUGACAGUGCGAAGCGUUCGCGUUCGACCCAGAUAGCAAAUUUAACGAAGCUGUAUAAAAAACUGGAAGAAAAUAUGUCGUCGUACGAAAAUUAUGAGAAUGUUAAGCAGCUGAACAACAGAUGGUGUAAAAAUUUUGAGACAUUAAAAUGUGUUCAUCAAGAGUGUGUAAGUUUGUGUACGGACUCAGUAAUGUGUGAAGAUGUAUCGAAAUCUUUUGAAAGUUCUCCGAAGAAUUUCGACGAAUUCCAGGAGAGACUUUCACAGUGGCUGGUCGCUAAUGAGAAGGCGUCUGAUGACGAAGAUAUGAUAUCUUCAGUUAGCCGUGCAAGUACGACAGCGUCAUCGCGGUCAAACUUAAGAAGUGCCAGGGCGAAACGCUUGCUUACAGAACACAAACUGAGAACGCUACGGGAGAAACACAGACUCGAACAAGAACGGCGUGUACUUCAGCACAAACGCCAGUUGCUUGAGCAUGAGAGAGAGGUAGAGGAAGCGCGGAUCGAGGAGGCAAUCUGGGAAGAAGAAAAAGAGGAAGGAAUAACAACCAUCGGCGAUGUGAUGGUGCGGUCCAGUGGAGCUGACCAAAUGUCCGGCGAUCUGACGGUGCGGUCCGGUGAAGCACACCGGAUGUCCGGCGAUCUGACGGUGCGGUCCGGUGGAGCACACCGGAUGUCCGGCGAUCUGACGGUGCGGUCCGGUGGAGCAGAUCAGAAGUUCGGCGAUUUUACGGUGCGGUCCGGUGGAGCAGACCGGACGUCCGGCGAUUUGACGGUGCGGACCGGUGGAUCAGACCGGUUAUCCGGCGAUUUAUCGAUGCGGUACAGUCGAGUAGACUGGAAGUCCGGCGAUGUGACGGUGCGAUCGAGAGAGGACGUUCCGGAAGUGGUGCACCAUGGACAAAACAUUUUACCUGACGAUGUUUGUAACAUUCGAGAAGGUAGUGAUAUAAGCAGGCCUUAUUCUGUGACUCAUAAUGUUACUUCCGGAAAUCGUGAUCUUCCGAUGGCGGCAGCAGAAGCCAGGUCAGGUAAAACAGAACAUAUGUUGUAUAUCGAUUCAGCAUUUCAUAGAAUAGCCAGUACAUUGCAAGAGGGUUUCAAUUUGCCUAAACCCGAAAUUUUGACAUUUAGCGGAAAGGCAAUUGAUUAUUGUGAUGUCAUGCUGUUGAUUGGUACAGACGCACCGGAAGCGAAUAUACCAUUGGACGUGCGAACAGGAGAACAAAAUCAACCGUACGCUGUUCGAUCACGCCUGGGUUGGGUGGUGAGAGGUCCCGUUCAGAGCACUACGGAUACUCACAUCGGAAAUGACGUGAACAUCAAUUUUAGUCAGUCACAUGGCGUCCUCUUACAACAACAACUCGAACGUCCUGACUUUGUUAACAGCCUAGUUGGGGUACUGUGUCGGUUCAGGCAGGAGAGGGUAGCGAUUGUUGCCGAUAUCGAGGCAAUGUUCCAUCAAGUGCGUGUAUGUGAACAUGACUGUCAAGCGCUUCGUUUCCUAUGGUGGCCUGGUGGGGACAUCUCGGCAACUCCAAAGACGUUCAGUAUGCAGCAACGAUCACGUGACGAUGCUGAUAAUUCGACAUUACCAUUCGAUCAAUGGUCACGUUGGGGUGCAACAGGUGUCGGCGGCUACUCGUGA